UCACCGCGCCUGCGCGGUGAUUCAAACGGAAUGGCGGCCGGGGCGGCUCGCGGCUGAGGGCAGCGACCCGUGCCCGCGCCCUCACCGCCCGCCGCUGCCUCGGCACCAUGUCCUCGGAGGGCAGCGGCGCGGCGGCGGCGGCCGGACAAACGCCGAAAGCUAAGCGGAAAGGAGGAAGGAUCGUGCAGUCUCGCUACCUGCAGUUCGAUAAGAAACACAGCAAGAAGGUGCCGAGCUCAGGCGUCGCUCAGCGAAAGGCAGCAAAGGAUAUUUCAUCAAGUUCCUCUUCAUCAAGUAGUUCUCUGCCGUCUUCUAGAACUAAAGCAAGAUCGGUUGUCUCUCAGAAACAUGAAACUUCUGCUAGUGUUGACCUCAGCUCACUGAAUCAGGGUGGUUUUGAGAAGGGUGACUUGCAGUCCACUCUAUUAGAUGAAGGGAAAAUGAAGCUACCAGACCUUGAUAUUUCUGAUAUUAAUGAUAGAAGUGACCCCAAGAGGAGUUCUUAUUCAGAAUCUGCUUCAGAAGAAGAUUCAGAGACAAACAAAAUAAGUGGAGAGACUGAUACGGAAACUGAUUCUUGUGAUCUGAUAAAAGAGCUGGAAUCUGAGACACUACUUUUAACUUUCCUAAGACUAAAGAUAGAAAAAAAGGUUGCCAAGAUGGAGGAAAAAGCAGAAGAAAACUUGCUAAUGUUGUGUGAAGAAAAGCGGAAAGAACAGGAGAAGCUCUGGGAGCUGAAACGUGAAAUUCUGCUUGAGGAGAGAGAGCAGAAGCUCAAUGAAACAUUAGAGAAACAGAUAGAGGUGCUGUCUCCCCUCAUUGCUGUCUGUGAAAAGUUUAAAGAGCAGUACAAAAGCUUUGCAGCUUCCCUGGAUGCUACAAGACAUGAAUUGCCCAUAAAGAACAUUCACAUAGAAGGAGAUAAGCAAACCUACCUUGAUGAACUGGGAAAGCAAUUAAUGAUCACACAGGAGCUUCUGACAGAAGUUAUGCCAAACCACUCAGAGGACAGUGCAAAAGCACUUGGUGCGCUGAAAGAGCUUCAAGAAGUGUCUCAGCAACUGAGUAAAGAGCUUCAAAGGAGCUUCACAGAUGUGCAGAACCUGUCGUUUGAAGCCAGUAAAGAAGUUUCUCUGCAUAACCAAUAUGUGUGUGAAGAGAAUCAUGGAGUAGAUGAUGUAAAACGCUGGUAUUUCAACUGAGUUUCUGUAUUGUUUUACUACUGGGCUGUCCCACUGGGAGACAUCGCUGCUCGCUUUUAAUGGGGAUUUCUGCAACAGGUUUUCCAUCCCUUUCUGCACUGACAGUACUGAAAGGUAAAUGAUAAAAAGUGCUAUUCCUGGCAAAUCUGACCUGUGUGCUAAUUACAGCCUGAGCAUUGGUUGCUCACUGAACAACUUCUGCAGGAACUGUGAUUUGUCCCUUAUUUCUGGAUGUGCUGGGUGGGUAUAAAGCACUUGCUUGGAAGGAGCCUGGUCACUUUUAACAAAUGAGAAGUUUUGUUAACUUCUCACUUCUUUUUUUGCCUAAUUGCAUUGUAAAUAAAUUAUUGAAAAUACAAAUGCUUUUGUAUAGAACUGACUCGCCUUUAAGGAUUUUAUUAUUUUUAAUAAUAAAGACUAUUCUCCACUGCUCUA